CACUCCACCGCGGUUCACUUUCGCCACUUUCCUACUCAUUUCCUGCAAAAGUUCAAAAAAAGCACUAAUUACAUAAAUAAAAACUCAAAAGCUCUCUACUCCACCGCCACCACCGUCUGAUCAAUUCGCAAAUCACAAAUUCCAAUGACGACCAGCAUCCACAUCACCGCAUUAGACGGAAUAGUGAAUGUCAAUUCCCUAUUCACACUCGCCGUCUUUCUCGGCCUAACCUGGAACCCAUCCGACCCAAAUAGCUCCUUCAUCACCGACCCCACCUCCCCAUGCGCCGCCUCACGCUCCGUCGUCGAAAACCUCGUCGCCUUCCACGUCUACUCUUUCAGUUCCUUUCUUUUUUCUAGCUUGCUCGCUCUGGCCCUCAAACAAGCUUUCCGAAUCACUAAAUCCCCUAAUUUUCACGUGCCUGAAUUUUGGACCCAUAUCAACAAGGAUUUGGUACGGGUCGGGUUGUUGGUUUCGGGUAUUGGGUCUGUUUGUGGGUGUGUGUUUUUGAUGUUGGCUUUGAUUAAUGUUGUUCAGUUUAAGCUUGGGAGCUUGAGUUGUGGAAGUGGACAUACUUUAGCUGCUGUUGUUCCUCUUGUAAUAUUUGUGCCUAUUGGACUUCUUAUUUAUGUUUGUAUUGUUUUGUAUGCUUUUACUCGAUAAAUUGUUUUUUAAUUGUUAGAAUAUUUGAUUUGUUGAAAUAUAAUUGUGGGAUCUUGCAGAUUGUUAGAUCCCAAUGAUAAAUUUGAUGUAUUUUCUAGCGUUGUAUGCUACAUAAGGAUCCUAUUAAUGCGAUGAUGUUAAAAAUGAAAGUGACUUUUUCGUUUCUUUUUA